UGAUUUUCUUAGCUAAAUAGGUAUGCUUGUGGAAAGUUUCUUUAGAACUUAGAGGGAUUUGGAUUAUAAUUUCCCCUGUCUUAUUGAACGUUUAAGAUCACUUAACACACACCUUCUGAUUCGUCAGUGAAUCAACUCUGGACUAGAUUUUUUUGUACUUCCGCGUUUGCAAUGGCUACCCUGUGGUGGAUUUGGCUUGUAUUGUUACCUGGCGUUACUAACUGUUACGAUAACAUAUGUGAAGGAAAUAUCUGUACAGCAAGGCAAAGUUCAACAAGAUUUGGGUUUCCUGCAGAAAGGGUGAUUGACAAAAACAUCCAUCAAACAUAUAAUCAAUGUGCACAUACUUCUGAAAGCGAUCAAGAGGCAUGGGUUAUGGUUGACUUAGGAAUGGAAUAUAAAAUAAGAAAUGUUGUUAUUUAUUACAGAACUGAAGGAACUUCUAAGGAAGCCUGGAAACCGUAUCGACUCAGGCAAUAUAGUUUAGAAGUACACUAUUUGCAACGAUGGAUUCAAUGUUUUAAAGAUAACACAUUGUUUCCUGAUAUUCCUUCAAGUAUACAGAAUGUAUCGUGUAAAACAACAGCCAGGUAUCUCAGAGUUAGAACAACGUAUGACGCCCCUGAGGAUUCUUUAAACCGGAUAGCUAUUCUUGAAAUAUGUGAAAUUCAAGUUUACGGAUGUAAUAUUGGUAAUUAUGGCCCAAACUGUAAAUCAUGUGAAGGUUGUGAAAACUGUGACAUAGAUUAUGGCUGCCCUGUCCUGUGUAGCCCACAUUGCACACAAGGAACCUGUGAUUUUAAUGGAAACUGUGAAAUGGGAUGUAAUGCAGGAUAUUGGGGGGAUAAAUGUAACAAAAAAUGUCCGAUGAACUGUUUUAAUAACGUAUGCAUAAAAACAAAUGGAUACUGCGCAUACUGUACCAACGGUUUUUAUGGGAUGGAUUGCAGAAAUCGUUGUGGUAAUUGUAGUUCAGGUUCUUGUUAUAUUAACGAUGGGCACUGUUCUGGGGACUGUAAUAUUGGAUUUUAUGGAAACGGAUGUAAUAGACCAUGUUAUCGCAACUGUUUCAACCAGAAAUGCAGAAAAGAUGAUGGGUAUUGCGAAAAAUGUAAAAGCGGCUUUUAUGGCGAUCUUUGUAAAACUCCAUGCAGUCCAAAUUGUCUACAAUCUGCAUGUUAUCGCAGUAAUGGAGCUUGCAUUGAAGGCUGUAAAGGGCAUUGGGCAGGAGCACAAUGCAAUGGUAAAUGUUUGGAAUAA